AACUCAACUGAAAAGGUUGAGACUUUUUAAGAUGUCGGAAACAGAGUUCAAAGUAGUGCUAGAGACAUUCACAUACCCUGCUAAUUCAGCUCCUUUCAAGAGUUGUCAUGCCUCUACCAUUGUUGAGGUUGAUAAAGAUCAUUUCUUGGCUGCGUAUUUCGGAGGCAGCAGGGAAGGAGCACCUGAUGUUAAAAUCUGGUUGCAGCAUUUCAAGGAUGGUCAGUGGGAUACACCGGUUAUUGUUGAUGAACAGCCAGGAGUUCCAAUGUGGAACCCUGUCUUGUUCAAACUUCCAUCUCAACAGCUCUUAUUGUUCUACAAAAUAGGCCAGGAGGUUCAGAAAUGGAGUGGUUGCAUGAAACGAUCUAAUGAUAAAGGAAGAACCUGGACUGAAAGAGAACAGCUUCCUCCUGGGAUUCUCGGACCCAUUAAAAACAAGCCUAUUUUGUUUGAAGAUGGGACUCUCCUUUGCGGAUCAUCUGUUGAAAGUUGGAAUUCUUGGGGAGCGUGGAUGGAGGUCACUUCAGACGCUGGUAGAUCAUGGAGAAAGCAAGGGCCAAUAUACAUUCAAGGCAAGAGUCUUAGCGUGAUCCAACCAGUUCCAUACCAAACCGCAGCUGGGACAUUACGGGUUUUACUUAGAUCCUUCCUCACUGGCAUUGACAGAAUCUGUAUCUCAGAAUCUUUGGAUGGCGGUGAGAACUGGAGUUUUGCAGUACCAACGGUACUCCCAAACCCAAAUUCUGGUAUCGAUGGAGUCAAGCUAAAAGAUGGUAGGCUAGUGCUUGCUUACAACACAGACUCAAGAGGAGUGCUCAAAGUAGGAGUUUCUUUAGAUGAUGGUGAUUCUUGGACCGAUGUUUUAACGUUGGAGGACUCUCCGGGAAUGGAGUUUUCGUAUCCAGCAGUUAUAGAAGCCGGAGAUGGGAAUGUCCACGUUACAUAUACAUAUAACAGGACACAGAUUAAGCAUGUUGUGCUCAAGACUGCGACAGAUAUCGAUUCGAAGCCAUACCGACAUGGUGAAGCAUGCAUGAUGAGGAAGACACGUGGGUUUGGGUUUUGUAUGUACCAAAAACAUUAAAUUAAUCUAGCAAAUUUGGGUCGACUUUGUUUUUUUUUUUUUUUUUGGGUCGACUUUGUUUGUGAACCAUUGAUGUGGGAGUGUGACUUUCUUCUUACGGAAGAACAAAGAAUGUUCUCUUUCUUGACUUGUAAGUUAUGGUAUUGGAUUGAUCGGUUAUUUGAGUUUGUAAAAAAGUUGCUACUUACUAGUA